GCCAAGCCAAACCAGAGAAAUAAAAGAGGACGAAGGCGCAGAAGAGAGAUCCGAUUCAAUUCAGUCGAAGACGAAAAUGGAGUUUAAAUCUAAAGACGAAAAGCGAUUGGAGCAGCGAUUGAAGGAGCUUCACAAAGACGUAUCGAAGAAGCAGAAGUUCGAAGACGCCGUCGUCUCCCUCAAUUCGCUGCUUCGGGACCACUACGCCUCUGCUUCCCCUUCCCUCCGGAAAUUGUAUUACGGCGUCGUUUGCCGAGUCGCCACUGUCUUGAAGACCCGGUACACCUCGCCUGGUUUCUGGGCCUCCGGACUCGCCCUAUUCCGGCUCGCCCAAUCCCUCGUUUCCGACCCGGCCGAGAAGGCCCACUUGCUCUCCUGCAUCUCCGAGGCCCAGCAAGUCGUUCAUCAGGAAAACGACCCUCCACAACCCUCGUCUUCUCCAAAUCAAGGGUAUUUGUUUGAGGGGCAUCUGACGGUGGAUCGGGAGCCGCCACAGCCGCAGUGGCUGGUGCAGUCGAAUCUCAUGACUGCCGCCCUGGCGGCGGGGUCGUCUUCCGUGCCGGGUAGGCCGGAAUCCGGAAACGACGACAGCAACAACUCGGAAAGCGCGGUGAAUUUGCUUCAGUCCCUCAUCGACAACCUCGACAGCGUUUUUCCGCCGGGGAUAAUGGAUGAUGUGAGGGCAGCCCCGAGGGUCCCGCCGGCGAGCAAACGGGUGGUGGCGAAUCUUCCGGUGAUUACGAUCACAGAGGAGGUGCUGAAGAAGCUCGGAGAGGAGGCCGAGUGCGCCAUUUGUAAAGAGAACUUGGUUGUGAAUGACAAGAUGCAGGAGUUGCCUUGCAAGCACACAUUUCACCCUCCAUGCCUAAAGCCAUGGCUGGACGAGCACAAUUCGUGUCCGAUAUGCCGGCAUGAGUUGCAGACUGAUGAUCAUGCGUAUGAAAGCUGGAAGGAGAGGGAGAGGGAGGCUGAAGAAGACAGAAAGGGGGCUGCAAAUGCCGUUCGAGGUGGUGAAUACAUGUAUGUUUAGAUGAUGAUGUUGAUGAUGAUAUUUGCUUCAACAAUUUGUCAAUUUGCAGCUCCACUCUAAGCUAUAAAUUUUUAUUCAUCCCAUCACAUUAAGCAUGGUGGUGGUUGUAAUUUCAGACAAAUAAUAGAGCAAAUGUGGUUGCUUUUCUUGUAUAAUCAGGCACAUUUUCAUUGUGAAGCAGAUUUUAGAAAUAUUGAAACUUUUAUAUAAUGUGGCACAUGUCUAUCAUCUGUGAUGGAAAGUGUUUGAAUUUCUUC